AUUUUUAUUUUAUCAACAGCGUUCAUAUAAGGAAUUUUGGUCAUAAAAGUAACAUCGACCAUGAGGCCAGUGCAAUGUUUCGAUCAUUUCUAAAAGUUUCAAAAGUGAAUUCUGGAUGAUUUUGCUACAUUUGAUUAUUUGGCGAUACAUACUUUUUUGAAAUUAUUUAUUAUCUGUGGCAAACAAUCCCAUAAAUUCAGUGAUUUUUUUUUUAAUAGUGUAAAAAUUUCUCACCAGUUUCAAAUAUUUUUUCUCUGCAGAAUUUCUAUCUCGUGAAAUUUGUUGGCUCGAAGAUUCAUGGAAAUCGCAAGAAUAAACGUCGCCUUGUAAAUCAUGAAACUCCAGAUAAUACUUGCAAUUUUGGCGAUCAGCUGCAUCACGGAGGGUGCGAAGAUCUUGGCGAUAUUUCCGUACCAGGGAAAAAGCCAUUACAUAAUGUUCGAGCCACUGGUGAUUGGCUUGGCACGUGCGGGUCACUCGGUUGACGUUGUCAGUCACUUUCCUCCUAAAGAGUCAAUUAGAGGACUGAACCACAUUAGUUUGCAAGGCUCACUCUAUACCUUCGUGAACAACAUGACGACCACAUACGUCAAGUCACUGAUCGGAACAAAGGCAAUUGAAUUCAUUUCGUACCAGGGACCAAACGACCUCUGCAACCUAAUGCGGCUUCACCAGCUGCAGGGAAUCAUCAAUACCGACAAAAAUUACGACCUGAUGCUCACUCAGGUCUUGGGAAGCAACUGCUACUUGGCGUUGGCACACAAACUGAAACUUCCGGUGGUCAACAUCGAGACCAGCACCAUGUUUCCUUGGGCUCAUGAUCCAUUUUUCGAAAGCACGUAUCCCAGCUUCAUACCCUGCCAGCUGACAACUUUCACGAACGACAUGCGGUUCAUGGAACGCGUGGAGAAUCUGAUCACGACCCUUUACUCCAAGUUCUUGUUUUAUUACUACGACAAAACCGUUUCUGAACCAAUAGCUAGAAAGUACAUUGAUGACUUUCCAUCCUUGGCUGAUAUCUACUACAACAUAAGUAUGGUGUUGGUGAACAGUCACUGGAGCAUCCAUGGUGCCCGACCCACGAAUCCCGCCAUCGUUGAAGUCGCUGGUCUUCACAUCGACGAAACCCAAGUUCUCACUGAGGAACUGGAGGUGUUUCUGAACUCCGCGAAGGAUGGUGUGGUAUAUUUUAGUACAGGGACAAUGCUGAAAUCCGAUAGUUUUCCUAAGGAGAAGAUACUGGCGAUUUACAACAGUUUUGCUGAACUUUCGAAUUACAAGGUUCUCUGGAAGGGAAACAUGGACAACAUGCCGGAAGGAUUGCCAACGAACGUCAAAAUGGUCCCUUGGGUUCCACAGUUUGCUGUACUUCGUCAUCCGAAAGUAAAAGCGUUCGUGACUCACGGGGGUUUAAUGGGAACCCUGGAGGCGAUUCACGCAGGAGUCCCGAUGGUUGGAAUCCCAUUUUUUGGAGACCAGAUGUUGAACGUAGGGGGAUACGCGUAUCGCGGUUUCGCCGUUUACCUGAACUACGAGACUUUGAACAAGGAAAGCUUCUCCGAAGCGUUGAAUGAAGUUCUGACGAACCCCAAGUACCAAUCGAACAUCGCACGUGUCUCACGGCUAUUUAAGGACCGUCCGCUUUCCCCCUUGAAGAAAGCCAUUUUCUGGAUCGAAUACGUCAUCCGAAAUGGUGGCGAGACACUCAAGUCUUCAGGGCGUCAUCUCUACUGGUUCCAGUAUUACUUGAUAGACGUCGGUCUAUUUUUAUUAACCAUAACAAUGCUAGCUUUCUUUGUUUUAUUCACGGUCUCAAGAAAAUUAACCGGGUUCAUUUGGGGAACGCAGAAUUGCAAUGUGUCAGUGAAACAAAAAACAUUCUAGUGCUGCGAGUCAGUCGAAAAGAUAUGCGGAAAAAUCGACUUGACUGAAAGUCGAUCGGUCCUUCAAUUUUCCAAUGAAAUAUCAAAUUAUCGGGCCAAAAAAUAAUCACUGAAUAGAAACCUGAACAACGUUGAUUGAAACAUGAUAUGAUCUAAGUUGAACAAAGAUGAAUUGGACUAUUAGAGCUCAUAUAAAUAAUAAGCGAUCUUCAGAUAACAUUAAUCAAUCCGCUAU